GCAAGCCCAGACACAUGCGGAGCUCUCUCUCUCUCUCUCUCUCUCUCUCUCUCUCUCUCUCAGUAAACCCACCGUCUCCCGUCAUCGCCCCGAGUUUCCAGCAGCGCGCUUGAUGUUCGAGCUCUGAUCCGUGAAGCUCUCCAUGCGCGCGUCCUCGCGGAGACGGAGUCUGGACGGACUGUGAUGUGGACGCUGUGAUCAGACUGGAUCUGCUCUCAUGAUCCACUGGUGUCUUCUGCUGAGGAAUUCUGUUUUCGCUUUGAAAACUGCUGCUUGGACAAAUGCAUACAAAUGCAUUUAGGAGCCCAACGGACAAGGAGUGGACAAGUUUCUCCCACAACGACAACGAGAUUCCUGGUCCUCCUCCUGUCAUCAUGUGUGGUGCUGCUGUCAGCAGAAGAGCCUUCAACAGCUCCAGGUGUAGACCUUAUUCAUCAGCUGGGCCUUUCGGGUCGCAGAGACAUACACUCUUCUGGGACACCUUACCUCACCUCCCUUGCUUCAUCUCUGUCCAUCCUGCCCCCUGGUUUUGGGGUAAUACUUGGACAGGAUGCCCUUAUUGAGGCCCCAUCGGUGGACCUGCUCCCCGCAGGCGUGGAGGAGGAGUUUUCCAUCAUAGUGAGUUUAAGCUCCUGGCGAGCGAACAAUGCCUUUAUUUUUAGUGUGCGUGACGGCAGGGACAGACUGCAGUUCGGCUUGCAGCUUCUUCCCGGAAGGGUAGUGGUUUACACGGGAGAGAAAGCUUCGAUCUACUUCAAGUACGAUGUUCAAGAUGGACAGUGGCACUCCUUCGCUUUGGGGGUCCGGCCACGUUCCGUAUCUUUCUAUGCACGCUGCGGGGCUGUGCAGUACGGAGAGGAAACGCUGACCCGUCCGCAGACGUUGAGCUCUGAAGGCCGCCUCUCUGUGGGAAGGAUGGACUCCAGGGCGGUGCAGUUUGAAGGAGCAUUAUGCCAGCUGGAUAUUUACCCCUCCACCCAAGCUGCAGUGCACUACUGCGACUAUGUUAGAAAACAAUGCAGACUGUCUGACACCUUCCGAUCUCUGUCAGGGAGCUCAGAGUCCCCAUUUCCAUCAGUUUCACCUUCCUCCAAAAUCCACCGCAGCUCUCCGAAAUCACAGACUCAGAGAUUUAUCCCAGCUCUUGAUGAUCACUCCACUACAACCACCAACUCUAUUUCCACUGCACUUUUUGACCAGUUUUCAACCACAAGCUCUCCGAUGUUUCGCUCCAGCACACCUAGGGAAAUUAAUACAUCUUCAAGACCAUUCAGCAAGGUACACCCCUUGGACUUCAAUCCAGAGACUUCCACGAGCGACCCCACAACAGACAAGAACGUUGAUGGUGAAAAUGUCACUGAGAAUCAGCCUCUUCUCAAGAAGCCCAGAGCAACUCGAGCCACGCCGGAUUUGAUCACCAUCGUCAAGCAGAGCCAUUUAAAAGAGGCCUUGAGGAAUGACGAUAGAUCCCACCAAUCUAACAAAGAGCUACUCCAGACCAAUCUUAAAGUGAACAGCACCAUCCUGUACCGUGAAGAGAGCAGCUACAACCUGGUGGACCAAUCUGAGGAACAGGUCCAGGAGGAGGUGCACGAUGCAGGAUACUCGGAGGGGUACGGAUACGACUAUGGCUUUGAAGAAGAUGAAUAUUUCUUUGACUAUGAUGGAUUUGUUGGUCCUAAAGGAGAACCAGGUCCUCCAGGUCCCAUCGGCCCCCCAGGUCUUCCUGGACCCCCUGGAAAGAGAGGACCGCGGGGUCCUCCAGGUCCUCACGGGAGUCCCGGGCCGCCUGGUUUACCUGGUCUAAAGGGUGCAAAAGGUGAUCCUGGACUGUCCCCGGGUCAAGCGCUGAUGGGUGAUAAGGGUGAAAGAGGGCGGACGGGUCCACAGGGUCCUAGAGGUGAACCAGGUCUAAAGGGUCCCAAAGGCUAUCCUGGACCAGCAGGUCUGCCCGGAGAACAGGGUUUGCCAGGAUUGCCGGGCAUAUCUGGGGCAACAGGUUACCCUGGCAGGCAGGGUUUGGCAGGACCGGAGGGAAACCCUGGACCUAAAGGUGUCAAUGGCUUCAUCGGACCUCCAGGAGUUGCAGGACCACCAGGACUGGAGGGAGAGCGAGGAAUUCCAGGUCCUGUGGGAAACAAGGGUCCCAAAGGAAGACAGGGUGUUGUUGGUGAUGUGGGUGAGCGAGGGCCGCCCGGACCCGAUGGGAACGAGGGGCCUGUUGGAGGAACCGGCAGCGGUGGAUUCCCAGGCCUGAGAGGGGAUCCGGGGCCUGAGGGACCCCGUGGCUUUCCUGGCAUUGUGGGACCUCAGGGCCUGACCGGAGGGGUGGGGCCUCCUGGAAUGAAAGGUGAUAAGGGUGAACCUGGAUUGAGGGGUGAGCCGGGAGAAACUGGUUAUCAGGGUGACAAGGGAACGGCUGGUAAUCCAGGCCCGACGGGACCACGUGGAAAACCAGGACCUCUCGGAAAAACGGGAGAACGGGGACCACAGGGGCCUCCAGGGCCACCAGGACCUGAGGGUUUCCCAGGAGACAUUGGUGCACCAGGACCUAACGGCCCAAUGGGACCAAAGGGUCUUCAAGGUGCCCGAGGCCCCCAGGGACCACCAGGGCCAAAAGGAACAGAGGGAGACGAAGGCCCCCCAGGUCCCCCUGGAAAGCCUGGUCCCACUGGCCGAAUAGGUCGGAAAGGUUUCAUCGGAGAACCAGGACCCGAAGGCCUGAAGGGAGAAAUUGGUGACCAAGGGAAUCCUGGGAAACACGCCCCCCCUGGUCCGGCUGGAUUGAUUGGAAUAACCGGAGUGAUUGGACAGCCUGGAGAAAAGGGCGAUCGAGGUCCUCCUGGUCCUUUGGGUCCUCCAGGAGAGAAAGGGUCAACAGGGUAUCCGGGUCUUCCAGGAGUUCCUGGGGAUUUCGGCCCACAAGGUCCACCAGGUCCACAAGGACAGAGAGGAGGAGCAGGCCUUCCUGGGCCCAAAGGGAGAAGGGGCCCGAGGGGACCUGACGGCCCUCCUGGAGAGCCGGGCCCUGAGGGCAUAAAGGGUGAAAAGGGUUUGCCUGGGAAGAAUGGACCUCCGGGAUUCAUUGGUAAAGCUGGAGCUCCAGGGAAGAGAGGACCAGCAGGAGCACCUGGUAAAGCAGGUCCUCUCGGCAGCACAGGUGAAAAAGGUCCUCCAGGUGAACCUGGCUCCAGAGGCCCUCCAGGGGACCCAGGACCAGAUGGAGAGCAAGGUCACGAGGGACCUCCAGGACCUGAAGGAGAGCAGGGACCUGUGGGUGAACCAGGGAUCAAGGGUGACAUGGGGCCUGUCGGAGAAGAGGGUGAACUGGGCCAACUGGGCAUCAGAGGUCCUCCAGGGCCACCUGGAGAGGACGGACAUCAAGGGAAGGAUGGACCAAAGGGUGAGCCAGGUGACCGUGGACCAAUGGGAGAAGCCGGAGAAAGGGGUGAGAUUGGUGACUUUGGCCCACUAGGACCUCCUGGAAAUCCUGGGGAAAAAGGCUACCCGGGACCAGAGGGCAAACAAGGUCUGCCCGGCAACCGUGGACGUCCAGGAAAGAAGGGUGAAAAAGGGUCACCAGGUCACUUAGGAGAGAUGGGCUCUCCUGGCGAAAUCGGACAGACAGGGGAGAGAGGACUCAAAGGUGCUCGUGGAACCAGAGGACCCGCAGGUAGACCAGGAGUUAUGGGACCUCAGGGAGAACCGGGACUUCAAGGUUACACAGGUCACACUGGCAAGCCAGGUCCAGCAGGCCCCCCGGGACCAAAGGGAGAAAAGGGAUAUCCAGGAGAAGACAGUAAAACGGAAGGACCACCCGGGCCCUUAGGUGAACCAGGCUCUCCAGGAGAGAAAGGGGAACGUGGGGAACCAGGAGAUGAUGGAUAUCAGGGUCAGGCAGGGGUCACAGGUACCCGUGGAGCGAUUGGUCAGCAGGGAUCUCCUGGAUCUCCUGGGCUUCCUGGUGAAGCAGGACCCGAGGGCGAGAAGGGAGUUCAGGGACUCGCUGGGCAGAAAGGAUCCCGAGGUCCCGCUGGAGAGCCAGGUCCUGAGGGUCUGGUUGGUUUGCCGGGGCCCAGAGGGACGGACGGGUAUCCGGGAUCCGACGGGCCUUCCCGGUCUUCCUGGUUUUCCAGGUCCGCCUGGAUCCAAAGGCCAAACA